AGGGCGGGGAGGCAGAUAAAAGGCAGCGGGAGGUGGGAGGGUGCUAGUGUCCACCACAGCACCUCCGAGUCACUAGCCUAGAGGACCCCGAGCUCACCGAGCAUCUGCUCCCGCCCGGCCGCGCGCUGCUCCCCGCUCCGCCCGGAUCUCGCCCCGCAGCCCUCUCGGUCCAGCAGGUCCCAGCCCCGGAUCAGCCUCGGUGGGCGUCAGGAUGAAGGCGGCCCGCUUCGUGCUGCGCAGUGCGAGCUCGCUGAGCAGCGGUCUGGUACCCAGGGAGGUCGAGCUGUUCUCCCGCUACAGCCCGUCCCCGUUGUCCAUAAAGCAGUUGCUGGACUUUGGUUCAGACAAUGCAUGUGAAAGAACUUCUUUUUCAUUUCUACGACAAGAAUUGCCUGUGAGGCUAGCCAAUAUCCUGAAAGAAAUUGACAUCCUCCCUGUCCCUUUAGUAAACACUUCCUCCGUACAGCUAGUUCGGAGCUGGUAUAUCCAGAGCCUGAUGGAUUUGGUGGAGUUCCAUGAGAAAAACCCAGAAGACCAAAAAGUUCUAUCAGACUUUGUAGAUACACUCAUUAAAGUUCGAAACAGACAUCACAAUGUGGUCCCUACUAUGGCACAAGGAAUCAUCGAGUAUAAAGAUUCCUGUACAGUUGACCCAGUCACCAAUCAAAAUCUCCAGUAUUUUUUGGACCGGUUUUACAUGAACCGCAUUUCUACACGGAUGCUGAUGAACCAGCACAUUCUUAUAUUCAGUGAUUCAAAGACAGGAAACCCAAGCCACAUUGGAAGCAUCGACCCAACGUGUGAUGUGGUAGCAGUGGUCCAAGAUGCCUUUGAGUGCUCAAAGAUGCUCUGUGAUCAGUAUUAUUUAACAGCUCCAGAGUUAAAGCUCACACAAGUAAAUGGGAAAUUUCCAGGCCAGCCAAUUCAUAUCGUGUAUGUUCCCUCCCACCUUCAUCAUAUGCUGUUCGAACUGUUCAAGAACGCCAUGAGGGCAACCGUUGAGCAUCAGGAAAAUUGCCCUUCCCUGACACCAAUUGAGGCAACUGUCGUCUUGGGAAAAGAAGACCUUACGAUCAAGAUUUCCGACCGAGGAGGCGGUGUUCCUCUAAGGAUUACUGACCGCCUCUUUAGUUACACUUACUCCACUGCGCCAACACCUGUGAUGGACAAUUCCCGGCAUGCUCCUUUGGCUGGUUUUGGUUAUGGCUUGCCAAUUUCUCGUCUCUAUGCCAAAUAUUUUCAAGGAGAUCUGAAUCUCUACUCUAUGUCAGGCUAUGGAACAGAUGCUAUCAUUUACUUAAAGGCUUUAUCUUCCGAGUCUGUAGAAAAACUCCCUGUCUUUAACAAGUCAGCCUUUAAACAUUAUCAGAUGAGUUCUGAAGCAGACGACUGGUGUAUCCCAAGCAAGGAACCAAAGAACCUGGCAAAGGAAAAAAUUGCUAUGUGAAAGAGGGACACAUGGAACACUUUACGGGAUCAAAGUGGGUCUAUGGCAGUGCUGCUUCUCAAAUGUGUGUGGACUUUUGUUUCCACAAACAAAGAAAUAAUAGCAACAGACGUGUGCAUAUCGUGAUCCAAGGAGUGACAGAGCUUGGUUCUGUGACCAGGGAGAAGAAAGGGUAGGACUCCAGUAGGCAGAAGGUGCCUGGUCCUUGAUUGAUAAUGCAAAGUAGCUCAUGAUUAUGCUAAAUCCUGAAAAGAAUCCAGCCUCCAUUUUACGUCUCUUUAUCAACAAGUACAAGAAAGACAGAUUGGCAGUUCCAAAGGGCUGAUAUUUAGAGCUCUUGUUGCCAUAUAAACGUAUUGCUAUUUAACAACUAUUAAUUAUUAAGACAUCAGCGUUUUCCUGCCAUGAAAAUGUUAGAGCUUAAUUUGCACUAUGUCAUUAGAAAUAUAUAUAAAUGUACAUUUCAUGUGUGUUUAUAUAUUCAAGAGAGGACAGAAUAGAGGAACGAGCCAGAACACUUGGCGUCCAGGCACUGGGGCUGUGUACAAACUCAGAAGACAGCCUAUCAGUUGAUGCAGCUCCAGUGUCAUGCUGCUUUCCCAUUUGGGCUGCACUCAAUAGUGCCUAGUCUUGGGUGAAUUGGUAAAUAUGCACUGAACACAGGAAGUCAGGGUUAGAGAGGGAGAAGAACUGUCAAAGUGACCCCAAAACUGUAUGUCGAAAAACCUAUGUUAGACAAAGAAAUCACAUAUUCAGAACCUAACUGGAAGGGAAGGACUAUUCUCUAACCAGAUGUGGUGAAAAAUACAAAGGCAUCCAUUUUCUAGGCUUUUUAAGGUAUAUUUUUGAUGUGUUUAAGUAUAUUCUCUACACUCCAACAUCAAAAUAUCUGUUUUUAAAAAAAAUAUUCUAGGGCUGGAGAGAUGGCUCAGUGGUUAAGAACACUAGUUGUUCUUGCAGAAGACCUGGGUUCGAAUCCCAGCACCCACAUGACAGCUAACAACUGUCCAUAACUCCAGUUCCAGGGGAUCUGAUGGCCUCCUCUGUCCUCUGUGGACAUUGCACGACAUCGGUGCACUUACCUACAUGCAGGCAAUACACUCAUACACAUAAAAUAAAAAUAAUAAAUAAAACAUUUUUUUAAAAAAUUCUAGUUGUCAAUUGGAUCAAGAACAUUAAAACUUAAAUCCUUCUUGGAGAAUAUUUUGUCUUUCUAUGGCAUAGCCUGGAAGUAAGAGGUUCUCUUGCCAGUUGAGAAUAUCAGAGACAGGGAUCCAGGGACUGUAAGCUGUGAUGCUCAUGGUAUGUGGGAGGAUGAAGGUGCAAUUUGCAGGUGGACAGGUCAUUCACGCAAACUACUCUUAGAAAACAAGGAAGGAAGGAAUGGAGAGAGGGAGGAAGCAGAAAGCAGGCACCUUUUCCCCAACAAGCUAUUCCAAGAAAUGAUCUGUUUUCCAUGGAUAAAUUAUUGGAAGGAUGAAUUGGUAUCUUUCAAGGCAGUAUGACUUCCUUAAAUAUGUCUCUCUUAUGCAACAAUGGGCUUUAUUAAAUAAUAAAUUCAUUGGUGUCAAAUAAAUCUUGAAACUGACAUGGAGAAAAAAAUUAGAAUUUUCAACAUUAAAAAAAAAAAGAUCAGUCCUGUGUAUUUGUUGAGUUUGAAGUUUGUUUUGAAUUUUGUGACGAUCUAGUGCUGUGAUCUUUGGUUGUGGCAACAGAAACCUCAACUAUUUGUUUUGGAGUUCAGAUUUUGUUGUCUUCAGAAGUCCUGGACAGUGACUUUGAUGACAGGACUUUGACUGUUGCUUUUACUGGUCACACUAAACUGUUAGCAAUAGUUUAUUUGUUGUAGCGAUUUUUCAUUGAAAUUUCAGCUAAAUAUUUGUGCAUGUAAAUAUUUGUGUUUACCAAAGAUCUAAAGCAGUUGAUUAAUUAACUCAAACACUGUGAACUAUAUUUAAAAUAAUAGAGAAAACAUGUUAGUGUUUCAAUUGCACCAACCGUGUAAAUUAAAUAGGAAUAAUCUUUCCUGUUAUUUAUGAAAACUUGAAGACUUUAGACUAUGAUAGAUAGAUACUGAAUGCUCAGGCCCACUUAAAUUAUUAAUGUAUGAGUUGUGUUUUUGUCUUUAGGUUAUGUGCAGAAAAAUAUGAGAACUUUUAUAAUAAAUAUUUUUAUUAUAAUAGUGA